GGAAUAUAUAACACAACGCCUUUGUCGUAUCAAUGCUAAAGGCGAUGCUGAUGACAAAUACCUUGAAAACGCGUGCUAUUGUCUCAAAUGUUUAAUCUGAUGUGGAACCGAUAUGGACAUCAUGUAAUGUGGUCUCUGUUCACAAAACAACGCGUUGAACCGAGUGGUGGAGCUGUAGCUCACACUAGCUCCCUCGUGUUACUGCUCGACGCGUAUAAUAUGUCAAUAAACCGAGUUCUGGUUUCUGUUUGAGCCUUUUUUUGUUUCGCCUCCUGCCGAGUUGAGGACUUCGUCUGGCUAAAAUUCCGGAUCCAAAGCAGGCACUGUAGUAAGACGGUUUUCAUGGGGGUAACCUACUGCUGGGCGCAUGGCCGCUUCUGAAUCUGACCCAAAUCUCAGUCCUGGCGAGUUGGGGGAGAAAAAAAAAUAAUCAAAGAUUUCGGUCUUACUUAGACGACGGGAGUCGUGCGUUUGUCCGUGCGACAAAUAUUUCAAAGCAAGGAGGUACCGUGAUUUUGCCCUGCAUGGACUACUUGACCCACGGCGAGAGGUCCUGCGACCAUUUGCUCCCGGGCGGUCCUGUAUCGGAAAUCGCUGGAAGCCAGGGCUGAUCUCGGACCAGAGCUUUGCCAGACAGAGAGAGAAGUGGAUGAUGACUAAAGAUUACCAGUUAUUCUACUGCUGCAGAAAUGCCCUAGGGGCGUGUUUGGACUAAAGCCAAGUUGCUGAUAUGCGCUGAAGAUGAGUGGGGUGGGUGACAAUACCUCUGACCCUGCAAGGGCAGAGUCCAGGAAACGGAAGGAGUGUCCAUCUGAUCUCCUGGGACCCAGCCCUAAACGAAGCACUGAAAAACGAAACCGUGAGCAUGAAAAUAAAUACAUCGAGGAACUGGCCGAGUUGAUCUUUGCGAACUUCAGUGAUAUCGAUAACUUUAAUGUUAAGCCUGACAAAUGUGCAAUCUUGAAGGAAACUGUGAAACAGAUACGUCAAAUAAAAGAACAAGAAAAGGCUGCAGCAGCCAAUGAGGAAGAGGUGCAGAAGGCUGAUGUGUCCUCAACAGGCCAAAGUGUUAUUGACAAAGAUGCCCUUGGACCAAUGAUGCUGGAGGCCUUAGAUGGGUUUUUCUUUGUUGUGAACAUGGAAGGCAACAUUGUGUUUGUGUCAGAGAAUGUGACCCAGUAUCUGCGGUACAACCAGGAGGAGCUGAUGAACACCAGUGUAUACAGUAUCCUGCAUGUGGGCGAUCACGCCGAGUUCAUUAAAAACCUGCUGCCCAAAUCCAUUGUGAAUGGCGUGCCCUGGUCCAGCGACGCCCCCCGGAGGAACAGCCACACCUUCAACUGCCGCAUGCUGGUGAACCCGCACGGCGAACCCGAGGACGAAGGCCACGGCAGCCAGGAGCCGCUCCAGAAGUAUGAAACUAUGCAGUGCUUCGCUGUGUCUGAACCAAAGUCCAUCAGAGAAGAAGGGGAAGAUUUCCAGUCCUGUUUGAUCUGUGUUGCAAGAAGAGUACCUAUGAAGGAAAGGCCCAUCCCUCCAACACAUGAGAGCUUUACUACGAGACAGGACCUACAAGGCAAGAUUACGUCAUUGGACACCAGCCUGUUGCGGGCCUCCAUGAAGCCAGGCUGGGAGGACUUGGUGAGAAGAUGCAUUCAGAGGUUUCAUUUACAAAAUGAUGGGGAAAUGUCCUUCGCCAAAAGACAUCAGCAGGAAGUCCUGAGGCAGGGGCAGGCUUUCAGCCCCAUUUACCGCUUCUCCCUGUCGGACGGCACGAUCGUCUCCGCCCACACGAAGAGCAAACUCGUGAGAUCUCCGGCUACAAACGAGCCCCAGCUCUACAUGUCACUACACAUUCUCCAGAGGGAGCAGCCCGUGUGCGGGAUGAAUCAGGACGUGGCCGGGCAGGGCAUGGGGAAACAAGUGAACCACCCAGCCACCCCUAUGACUCCUCCAGCGCAGGGAGGCGUGCCCACUGGGGUGCCAGGCCAGGACACGACUAUAAGCAGCAAUACUAAAUUCAACGCCAUGGGUGGCCUGCAGGACCACGCUGGAAUGGGACAGAUGUCCAGUAACAGGUUUGGGUGCCAGGGGGCCAUGAACCAUACGCCUGGCAUGCAAUCAGCCACUCCUCAGGGUAGUAACUAUGCACUCAAAAUGAACAGCCCCUCACAGAGCAGCCCUGGCAUGACCCCCGGGCAGCAGAACUCCAUGCUCUCCCCCAGGCACCGCGUCAGCCCGGGCAUGGCCGGGAGCCCCCGCGUCCCCCCCACCCAGUUCUCCCCCGCAGGAAGCUUGCACUCUCCUGCAGGGAUGAACAGCAGCACAGGAAAUAGCCAUAGCUACUCCAGCAGCUCCCUUAAUGCACUUCACGCCCUCAGCGAAGCCCACGGGGUCACCCUGGGCCAGUCCCUGGCGUCGCCCGACCGGAAGCUGGGGAACGCGCAGAGCUCCCCCAGCCCCGCCAACCCCCACCCCCUCGCCAAGCUGGGCAGCUCGGACUUCAAGGAGUCCUUCGGGCUGUUCGGCGAGCAGCCCCCGCCGGAGACGGCUCAGCAGGAGGGGGCCGGCCACCCCCCCGAGCAGAAGGACGGCGGCGAGACCGGCGCGAGCCAGUUCGGCGCGGGGGACCGGACGCCGGACCCCCAGAGCCGGCUCCACGACAGCAAGGGCCACACCAAGCUCCUGCAGCUGCUGACCACCAAGUCCGAGCAGAUGGAGCCCUCUUCGCCGCUGGCUGCCGCCGGCGGAGACCCCAGUAACAAGGACUCCAUGGGCGGCGGCGCCGCGGGGGGCGGCCAGGCGGCGGGACACGGGACCUCACUCAAAGAGAAGCAUAAGAUCUUGCACAGACUCCUGCAGAACAGCAGCUCUCCGGUGGACCUGGCCAAACUCACCGCCGAAGCCACGGGCAAGGACCUGAGUCAGGAGGGCAACGGCAGCGCGGCCCCCGAGCUGGGCGCCGCCAUCAAACAGGAGCCGCUGAGCCCCAAGAAGAAGGACAACGCGCUGCUCCGCUAUCUGCUCGACAAGGACGAUCCCGUCAUACAGGAUAAAAGCAUUAAGCUGGAGCCAGGGGAGGGCAAGAUGGACACCUGUACUAGCGUGAAAAUCACAACCGUGAAGACUGAGAAGCCGGACCCAGGCUAUGAGAGAUCAGAGCAGUCCAGCGAGCUGGACGACAUCCUGGACGACCUGCAGAACAGCCAGCCGCAGCUGUUCUCGGACACGCGGCCCGGCGGCCUGCCUGCCGCCGUAGACAAGCAGGCCAUCAUCAACGACAUCCUGCAGAUCACAGGGGAGGGCAGCCCCGUCACAGCCCUGGGGCAGCAGAAGCACUUCCCCGGCAUGGCUCAAGGCAACUUUAACAACCCCAGGGGCGGCCAGCCCGGCCGGGGACCCCCCUCCCUGCCAGCGCCCGCGUCUUCGGGACCCUUCCCCCCCAUGAGGAACAGCAGCCCCUUUUCGUUGGCGUCCCAGCAGGGCAUCAUGACAUCCCAGGGCAUGGUCUCCAGCCAAGGCAGCCUAGUGAACCCAGUGCCGCUGGGCAGCAACCCCUCUAGAGCCAGCAUGCAGUCGGCGGAGUGGGCAGCCCAGGGCCCGGCGGUCAGCAGCGCCGGCGCGGGCAUGCCCGCCUCCCUCGGCCGGCCGCUGCAGCAGGGAGGGGGCCUGGUCCGGAGCACCACCCCUGGGGUCCCCAUGAGGCCGAACAGCCAGCCCGGCCCCAGGCAGAUGAUGCAGAUAAUGGGACCACAGUCUGAGCUGGACAUGGUCAUGUCCGGAGCGGCCUUCUCCCAGCAGCAGGCGCCACCCAAUCAGACCGCCCCGUGGCCUGACAGCAUGCUGCCCAUUGAGGCGGCCCCCUUCGCCAACCAGAACAGGCCGGCCUACAGCAGCCCCCAGGACGAGUCCCUGUGUGCUGCCCCCUCACCCGAGAGCACUGCAGAUGAAGGAGCCCUGCUCAGCCAGCUCUACUCGGUGCUCAAGGACUUCGAUGGCCUGGAGGAGAUUGACCGCGCCUUGGGGAUACCUGCUUUGGUCAGCCAGGGCCAGCCAGUGGAGCCCGAGCAGUUCCCCAGCCAGGACCCCAGCAUGAUGCUGGACCAGAAGCCACCUCUCUACAAUCAGCAGUACGCUGGCCCGGCCCCCAUGGCGCAGGGCAGCUACCCCCCGAUGCAGGACGCCACCUUCCACGCCAUCGCCGGUCAGAUGGGCCAGAGGCCAGGGUACCCGAUGCUGCGCCUCCAGGCCCGACCCGGACUCCGUGCCCCCGGGGUGGGGCCGAACCAGCCCAACACGCUGAGGCUUCAGCUGCAGCACAGACUGCAGGCGCAGCAGAACCGUCAGCCCCUGAUGAACCAGCUCAGCAGUGUCUCCAACUUGAACCUACCUCUAAGGCCUAACGUACCAGCCCAGGGAACCAUCAACGCCCAGAUGCUCGCGCAGAGGCAGAGGGAGAUCCUGAGCAACCACCUGCGCCAGCGGCAGCUCGAGCAGCAGCGCCAGCAGCAGCAGCAGCAGCAGCAGAGAGCCAUGAUGAUGCGGGCGCAGGGCCUCAGUCUGCCGCCCAACAUGGCGGCGGCGGUGGCGGCCCCUGGCGGCCUGCCGGGGACAAUGAGCAGCCCGCGGAUCCCUCAGGCAAACCCACAGCAAUUCCCCUACCCGCCGAACUACGGUACUGGACUUACAUCCCCGCCACCUUCCACCAGCCCCUUCUCCCCAGUGUCCCCCAGCCUCCCCGGGUCCCAGCUCCUCUCUCACAGCUCCUUGCAUGGCUCCCAGAUGAGUCUGGCUAACCAGGGAAUGAUGGGAAACAUUGGAGGACAGUUUGGGGCUGUAAUGAGUCCCCAAAUGCAGCACAAUGCCUUCCAGUUUCCCAGCUCAGGGAUGAAUCAGCAGCCUGAUGCAGGUUUUGGAGGUGCUACCACCCCCCAGAGUCCUCUGAUGUCACCCAGGAUGGGUCACGCCCAGAGCCCCAUGAUGCAGCAGCCCCAGGCCAGUGCAAGCUUCCAGCCCUCAUCAGAGAUGAAUGGCUGGCCACAGGGAAACAUAAGUGGAAAUAGCGUGUUCACACAGCAGUCGUCACCUCAAUUUGGGCAGCAGUCAAAUGCCAGCAUGUACAAUAACAAUAUGAACAUCAAUGUGUCAAUGACAACGAACUCCAGCAUGAACAACAUGAAUCAGAUGUCAGGGCAGAUCAGCAUGACCUCAAUGACCUCGGUGCCUACAUCGGGGCUAUCCUCCAUGGGUCCCGAGCAGGUGAAUGAUCCUACCAUGAGAGGAAACCUCUUUCCUAACCAGUUGCCUGGCAUGGAUAUGAUUAAACAGGAGGGUGAGGCAACACGAAAGUAUUGUUGACCCUCGUCGCUGGCGGGACCUCAGAACGUUACCUGGCAGUGCACUGCGAACGGCCAGCGUGCGUCUCACGUGUUGGCCGGCCAUCGCGCCACCCAGCUACGCCAUCUGCUGACCAGCCCAGCCCUGCCGCCGCCGCCGCCCUGCCCGCGGGGUGGGGGGGUGGGGGGUGGGGCAGCGUCCAAAACCUUAAAGUGUUCUUCUCUGAGGAAGGAGAAUGGGGGGGACGUCGUUACCUGUCGGAACACUUCUCGAAAAGGGCAACCCGAGUCUUUGCUCUGCUCGCAGUCUCAAGUAAACCUUCUGAAAGCCAGUCAGUCUGUUCAUCGCAUUCACCGUAGUGUGACUUAGGUCUCCCCUGAUUGGCUAACUGAAUGGCACCGGAAUACUUGUCAGAUGAAUGUAUUUCCUCGUGGGGGCGGUGACCACACUCUUGAUCUCUUCUACGAUGUACACUGUUUGCUCCUCUCUCUCUCUAUCUCUUCCUGGCUCUCUGUCAUUUUUGUUUUGUUCCAAACUGGGUGUGAGGACUCCUCAACUACUUUUGGAUUCUGGACGGUUUUUCUAAAUUUCAGAUGUUUGGGGGGGCUUUUGUUCCUGUUUCUGUUUUUUUUUGCGUGUGUGUGUGUGCAAAUAAGACAUGGAAUAAAGUUUAAUGGUUUCUAAAUUAAUUGUGAGCAAAAAAAAUUAUGAAUGGUUUGAAGAGCAUAUACAAUUUUGUAAAAUUGUUAGAACAGUUUGUAUUAUAAAUUCAGACUAAUAUAGUCUAAGAGGUUGAUAGUGUAUAAAAUUAAGUUUAACUGUUAUGUAUAGAUUUAUUUUCUUUUUUUUCUAACCGUGUAGACAAUAAAACUAUUACAGUUAAAUAAGGUAAUGACACUUUCUAAACUGGCAAAAGUGUGUUAAAAGGCUGUUAUUGUAUUUUGACCCCAAAAUGUUUUUUCUGUUGGACGUAUGGAUUGGUUGGUCCCAUAUUUUCAAAAACAACAGACUCUUCAAAUUUAUCAUCUCUUGUGAUUAUAAUCUUAAAAGUAUUGCUAGAUUGUAUAUACAUUUUUUAAAAUCAGUUUCAGGCUGGUCUUAAUAACUGCUUCUAAAGUAACAAUGGAGUGUCUUGUUCAUAUGGGAGAUGGCAGCACUCACAUGGGGAGAUCAGACAGUUCUGGUAGGGGGUCAGGUAUAUUAAAAAUACAUUACUGGAGGGGGGUAUACAAUGUACAGAUUAUCGCUUGCUUUCAGCUUUUAGCCUAGAUACCACAGAAGGAAAAACAAAAAACAGCCAUAAUAAUUCAAUAUUACCGUGUGCUUUUUGUCAUUUGGAGUGGAGUGCAAGUCAAGAGCUGCUAGAUACAGACUUUACUGUUCUGGGUUAUGUAAUCGAGCAAUAACUAUUACUUGAGGAUCUUUUGUUUUACAAUUUUGUACAGUUUUCUGGAGGCAGAUUUGUCCUAACGGUUGAUUCCGAAACUAAGGUACUACAGUAUUAAGCAUAGCCACCUUUUUUAUUGCUGUUGUGUGUCAGAAGACGUCAAAAGAUGUUCCUUAGUAAUUAUGUAUAGCAUUUCCUUCGGUAGAAAACUAGGUGUGAGUGGUUAAUUUGGUGUUUUAAUUUUCCUGAAAUCAGGCAGUGUAAAAUCCUUAAUCCACUGGCAGAUUGACUCCCUAACAUUUUUUAUAUAAGCAAGUCUAGUGCUGUCAAGCUGUCUUGAGAUGCCUAGAGAGACUGUUUUUUUUUUUUUAGUUAAAUUGCAAUGUGAAUAGUGUGGGUAGAAUAAACCUACAUAUAUAUUUUUCUGUUUCAUUUUUCUGUAGAUUUCUUAAUAUAUUUUAAUUUUUUAGUAUGUUUUUAGAGGUGUUUUCAAGUAAAUAGUGCAGAAUUGGCAAGCUUGUUGCAAUGAAAUUUUACCACACAUUUUUAAUAGUAUUUGAAUGAGCCUGCCACAAAUUAAAAAGCCAAAAUUUUGUUUUUAUUUCUGGAGGUAUUAACUUGUGUUGAAUGCUGACCCAUGUUAGGAAUCAGAUGGUUUAAUGAAAGACACUAGGAAUUAGUUGGUUUUCUUUAUCUCUUAAUUUAAAGUUACUGUAUUUAGCCCAUUACUUUUCGUAGCCAAUACAACUAAACCUGCAUAGAAUGUAGUAAAGAUUAAAAUAAUGCUUUUAUCUUUCAAAUAAUUGUGCAAGGUCAUUACCCAGUUUAUAUGAAGCAACUUCAAAGAGCAGUUUUAAUUUUAUUUCUACAAAAAAGUGAUGGAAUAAAGUCCACAUGAUCUUGGACAGACAUUACAAAAUUACAGGUAAACACGCAUAUAUCGUGCCCUCAAAAAUGAUUCAAUCAUCAGAGUGCCAUUCAUUUUCCUACCAAAACCCACCCUGAUUUCAUUUCAUGAGACAGGUUUUAUGGGCUGGAUAAACUGAACUCUCAGUGGUUUCAUAUUCUCUCAUGAUAAAAAUCCUAAUGGAAAUCAUAUUGCAGGUUAUAUUUAAGCUGUGUGGCCAUUUUAGUUUUUCACCUCUGUGUUACAGCCAUUUUUACUAAGCAAAAUCAAGAGGUUAAAGGUUUUGACGAAGGUGUUCUGAUGUGGGCAGGGUUGCAUGCUUUGUCCUUCUGCACAGCUUUUCUAAUGAGAGACAGUCCAACCUCCCGUUACACAUUAGCAAACAGAACACAGGUUAAACUUUUUACCUGAGACUUGUUUUAAAUGUGCAUUCUGAUCUAUCCAUACGUGGACGGUUUUUAUACCUUUUGAAAAGGUAUCCUGUUUUGCGGAAGAAAUAAAAAAAAACAUUUUCUUUUGCUGUCUUUGCUACACAAAUUAGAUUUGCUUUUUAAAUGUAUUGCUUGUUUGGAGAGUAGAAAUUAAAUGUUAAACUGAAAAAAUACCCAAUGAAUUCAUAAUGGAAAACAUUCUUUGGUAGUAUUACUUUUGAAGCAUGUUUGCCUUUAGCCAGUGUACAAUUAUUAAUAUAAAACUUGCAUUUGCCUUUAAAAAUGAAUUUACCAUGCAUUAGUAUUAUAAAAUCUGUAUUACAUGUAACGCAUAUUUUGUCUAGGUUAUGCUAAAUGCAUUUGUCACAACUGAAAACGACUUAUGCGUGUUCACCUGUGUAACUUUUCCAUAAUACUACAAACACUAUGUGAUUGUAGUCUUAGAAUAUGCCAGUGGUGACCAGUUUUGUUGUCAUAGGCUUAGCCAUUCCUUAUUAAAAGAUGUAAAUUUCUUCUUCUUUUCAUAGCAAUGCAGCUUUCGUUAAUGGUGUAUGGCUUUAAAUCUAGAUUUACCUCCAACGUUCAUUUAGAAACUGUGGCCCUAGUUCAUUUGGGCUCCUUUAGCUGUCUUGAGAGCACCCGAAGAACUGCAGCUAUACAUAUAGUUCCUCUCAGUGUACUAUGAAAUCUGAAGACAAUUCACCAAUAUAUAGAUUCCUGCCAUCUGUAACACAUUAUCUCAACAUAACUGUUUUCUGGACAUUGGUUUGUCGUGUUUACCAUCUUUUACUACACGUAGUGUUUAAAAUUAAGCAACUGAAAGUAUCAAAUUUUAGGAUAGCCAGUUUUAGCAGAUGAACCGAGUGUAAAGCUCCCUUUGCAGAAUCCAAAGAUUACAUUGUCAGUUUUAAGAACAUAAGCCAUGAAGUGUUGGUGUGGUUUAGCAACCUUUUUAUAGUAUUUGUAUCUGGGCAGUUGUGACUAGGAUCAGAGAAAAUGUUUGCAUUUAAAAUAAAGAUGAAAAUAUCAUACAGACUUUGAUUCAACUUACAGACUUUUGUCUCUCUACCUUUGUUUUAAUUUUGGAAUUUUUGAACUUUGUUUUGUAUAGUCUGCCAAUUUCUUAGAACUGGUAAAAAAGCUAAAUGCAAAAACCUCGAAAUGCUAAAACCUAGCAAAAUGCCUUAGAUCUGGUUUUAUGUCUUGUAUAUUACUACUACAACCUUGUCUGUUGUAUUAUAUUUGUAUAGUGAAUUGUGUACAAUACUGAAUGAGUGCAGCAUCACUCAAUAUGUCUUUGUUGCUGGAUACAGACUACAGCACUCUUUUUGCCCUAUUCACCUCCUUAUUACUGUUAAUUUUUCAUGUGUUAUUUGUGAUCAGUUGUGGAUUAUAUUAUUUGUACAAUUGUUUCUCAUUUACUGUCUGUGAAUUCUGUAUGAAAAGAUGAUGCAAGGGUAAAUCUAAGCAAUAUGUAAAAUAUAUGGUUUUUCUGGAGAAAGCUUACAGUGUUGCAGGCUCAGAGAUGUUAUUUUUCCAGAUGUGUUCACACUAAACAUCACCUUCUGCACCCGCAUUGAUGUUUGUAACCUUAGUGUGAGCAUUUUAUGCAAAGUUAGAUAUACGGAGAGAAAUUUAAACACAUUUAUGCAAGUUGUUGACUAAUAUUGCUUUGCUAUUUGAUGUUAAAUAAUGCCAUUGUAAAUAAAGAAUUCUGUUAUUGCAACAUUUAAUAAAAGGUACGGACUGUAUGUUCCACAUGGGCCUGGAGAUUCUGGGCUUUAGAAUGUGUGUAUGAAUGACGGGAUACAGAUCUGAA